GUGUCGUCCAAUUGGGUCCAGAAUCGAGCAGAUUGACAGUAGCAUCAGCAGCCCACCAUAGCAGAUUCGCUACAGGGCGUCGUCAUCGUCGUCGCAGUGAGGUUGGAAUCAGCUUGCAGGUCGCCCCCCCCAGGACGCUUUCCAAAUGGAAAAAAGGAUCGGUGUGUGUGUGUGUUUGUGCGAAGUCAAGCGCUAGUCUUGGUUUUCUCCGCCUGCUAGAAACGACACACGAUGGGAUAUGUCGUGGCUCCAGCGGGUUGAAUGGAAAGUGGUCACGAGGGUGGGGUGCUGAGGCCCUCCUGCAUGCCGCUUGCCCCCAGGUCAUCAGGUCACGGAGACCCAGUAAGACGCGACUCGGCUGCAGGGCGGUGGAAUCUCCCCGGGAUUGCUAGUGUUUUGUUUUGUAAUUUUGUUUUUCUUGCUUGUUGGUGCCCGAGUUGCUGACGCGGUUCAGUUUACCGCGCACAAUUCGUAUAUUGGCCGCUCCAAGUUUUUACCUCCAGAAGUGGGUUCUGUCAAUGAUGGUCCUAGAUACGGACCCAACCGAGCUCCGAGGCCACUUCUUCUUGUGGCCGUGCCACCGCGCAAGAUUGGCGAUGGAGUCGGACUCUGAGGACUCCAUACCAGCCGCACUGUUCAUUGCCAGUGCUAUAAGCGUGCUGUAAAAAUCACUGUUUGUUUUGUUUUAUAGGAGCUAGGAUUGGUUAUCCAUUGAAGAAAGAAUAGUGGGUGUAUCUCCCAGAAGGAAUCCUUUUUUAUAAGGAAGGUUCUUUCUAUUCGGUUCUUGUUUAAAGUAGAUGUUCAACCCAAAUUGUGGCGUCUAGUAAGCUUCUCCAAAAUGAACAGAGUCCUGGGAAUUUGCACCGAUUGUAGAUCUCUUGGAAACCAAACUCUAGCUUAAUUUAGACUGGCACCAUGAGAUAAAAUCCAAAUGCAGACACGUCGGAGGUGACCUUAUGAAUUUAUUAUUAACCAUGUUCAUCUCGCAACCUGUCUUGAUUUGCCAUGCCACCUUGUGUCGGAGAUUCUUCAUUCACAAUUCGAUGAAUUGUACAGAAUUACACAGAAUUCAUUGGCUCCUUUGCAUACCAUUGGGUUUCAUUUGCAGGUUUCUCAACCAGGUAAGAAGUGAUCUUACGCAGGUGCGGGAGGAUAGGGCAAGUUAUGACUGGAAUCAUCCUUAAUCCACGCUGGCCGUUGCGAAUAUUUUUACUUCUGCUUGCAAGCAGAGUAACAUAGAGGUGAACUGUUCGGAGCACGCAGUUCCGUAGAUUCAGAGGAAGUAACCGAGAGUACGAUGCGAAGAGGCGAGAAAUGGUGGAAUCAUUCAAAUGUCUUGGCUAAGGAGGACUCGAGCUCUGCAGGAACUAACCAGUUGGAACAUCACACGCAUCGAGCGGUGGUUACCAGGAUAUCAUUGAAAGCACUGCCCGAAUCGUGAUCGCGAUCUCGUUUCAUCGACCAAGUGCGGUACGAUUAGUUUUCCUUGGUUGCCAUGCUCUUGGAUGUUGUGCUAGGUCUGCGGGCGCGGCUGCCUUGUGUGUAGAAUUCUCUAUAUUCGGCGGGCAGGCUUUACCACGCGGGGUGGUAUUUGUGCCCAACAGUGGAGAACAUAGUCAGUGAGCUCGAAAUGGCAGUGAAGUUGCUGGGUUCAACUUUCAAGAAUCGUAGAAGCAAGUCUUUAGCUGUGGUAGGCUUGCGGAUGUAUUUUCAGAGUGAUCAGAAUGGUCCACAACGAACGAGAAAGACCUGCCGAGGCUAGGAACCUUGCGUAUGCACCAAAAUGUCGAUCUGGAGGGUGCUCUGAACGCGGCAAGCGGCGGACUCUGGAAGAUGCUCUUGUCCAAGUCGACGAUCUGUCUGAUCAACUGGGCUCCUCCGGCGCAUUCUAUGGGGUCUUUGAUGGGCAUGACGGCGCUGAUGCAGCCUUGUACGCGAAAGAGCAUCUGUUGUCUCUCCUUCUUCAGGAUCCACUAUUUUCUACUUCGGUAGAGAAGGCUGUGAAGAAAGUGUUUCUAAGGUUAGAUAGGGAUUUCAAGGAAGCUUGUCAACGGGAUAGCAGCCUCGACUCGGGAACUACUGCCCUCAUCGGUCUCUUACAAUCCAGGCACUUGCUGGUGGCGAACGCCGGCGACUGUCGCGCAGUCUUGUGUCGAAGGGGCCUGGCGAUUGAAUUGUCUGAUGAUCAUACUCCUCUUUCCGAAGGUGAGAGAAAGCGCAUUGAGUCAGCAGGGGGCACUGUAACUGAGACGGAGGCCGUGGGAUACGUGAACGGGCAGUUGUCCGUGGCUCGCUCAAUUGGAGACUGGUUUUACGACGGCUUAAAGGGCCUUAAGGGCCACUGUGAAACUGGGCCUGUGAUCGCAGAGCCCGAGAUCCGGGUCUAUGAACUUUCUGAAGAGGAUGAGUUCUUACUCUUGGGAUGUGAUGGAUUGUGGAACAAGAUCUCUAGUCAAACCGCCGUCCAAUUUGCACGCAACCAGUUGAUGAAGCACAAUGACCCAAAGCGCUGCUCCGAAGCUCUAGUCCAGGAGGCACUGAUGUUGGAAGCAGAUGACAAUGUCACCGUUAUCACUGUCUGUUUUCAAACUAAGGCUCCCCCAGACAUCAGUGCUGAAACACCGAGGGAGCCAGCAAAGAUUAGAUUCAACUACAGUCGUAUGGAGCAUUUGGUAAAGAAAUAGUUUCAUGCAGACUUCGGCGUUCAUUCUGACCUUUUCGAGUUUGCGUGAUUGGUUUCUGUGGACGAUUCAUUCAUUUAGGAGCAGACGUUUCUGGAGAAAUGUGAUAUAAUAUGUUAUAGAUGACGACCAUCGGAUCAUUUAGGAUCCCUGUUGGGCUUUUGGGUUGGAACGCUGGUGUCUUAGCUGCGGACAUGAGAAAGCUUUUACUUGUAAGCACUCAUGGAGAAACAUUUUAUGCUCCCAUCAUGGACUCGGUAUUUUGGGCUUGUAUUGUCACAUUCUAGGGGUCGAUUCUGCCCCUUCAAAUUACCUGGACCGAACUUGACAGCAGGAAGAAGACAAGCUUUUGCCUCCUAAUGGCAGGGGAUUCAUUUGUAACCUUGCCAGGAAUUUUAUACCCUCAUCCAGAUUCUGCAUACGAUUCAUCGAAAGGCCUCGAUUUCCCUGCAUGGUUGUGCAGAUUCAGUGUGCUAAACCUCACCACAAACUUUGUCGGCGUACAGGAAUGAUUUCAGGAUUUAGUUUAUUUUUCGUUUUUUGGUUACUUUUUGUGCAGCCGGAUUACCGUUUGACAGAUAGAUUGUGAGACAGGUCUUCCAUCAAUUAGGGAUUAUAGCCAUGAUUCUCACAUCAAUAUAGAUAACUAGGAUCAGAUGUGACAUGUAGUGGAGUUCAACCUUUCGCCAAAUAUUUCGAGGUAUAGUAGUGCGAGGUAUGUAUAUUGCAGAGCUCAUCUGUGCGCUUCUUGGAGCUUGUUCAUACUAUGUUACCUCCUGUGCAGUGCAUCUCAAAGCAGUGUAUUUCAGCAAGUCUUGCUGAUAGAGUUGAUUAAUAUGUUAGAUUUUUCUUCAUACAUGCCUCACUGCUUGGAACUUAUAUAAUCUGUGGUCGAAAAACCACAUGAUCCCUUCUUACGCGAACCGCGACUUGGGAUCAUGAGAACGACCUAAUUCGAUGGUAUUGACCAUUAAGUGGGUCAUCAAUAUCAGCAAUGAACAUUGCGCUCUUUAUUGA